AAAAAAAAAAAUGUCUAUGGCUAAACGCCAUAUUGGCCAAAGACAAAACGCCGGCCUUUCUUUUCCGCCCGAAGCGUCUCUGUUGUUUCAACGCGGAAAAAUUGGUAAAUGAUGGCAGCAAAUAAUUAUUUUGGGUUUACUCACGGAGGAACCCAGUACGGCGCGGCGACCGCCAGCGCUGCAUACGGAGGGCAGACAGGGUACGCUGUGGCGCCAGCGGCCACUGCGGCUACGUACGGCACCCAGCGCGCCGCGGCUACAGGCUACGACACCGCAUACCAGGCGGCAGCCGCCACACAAGCAGCGGCCCACGCGCACGCUCAUGCGGCGGCAGCGGCUGCGUCGGCGUACGACGCCAGCAAGUCUGCGUACUACCAGCAGGCGGCCGCCGCCUACCCCGCGGCUGCGCCGCCCGCGCCGCAGUACGACACCAGCGCCGCCAAGCCUGCUUACUCCACGCCCGCUACUUAUGCUCAGCAUAGUCAUAACACGCAUGUCGUGGCUCAGACGGGCGCGCGCCCGGCGGGCGGCGCGGCCAAGGCGGCCUACGGCGGCGUGUACACGGCCACCACGGCCGCCGCCUCCUACCCCACGCAGGCCUACACCGCGCCUGCCGCACAGACGCCUAAACAGACUACAAACCGCGGCAACACUGCGUAUGAUACAGCUCUCUACAACGCCGCUACCAUGUAUGUAGCGCAACAGAACAAGACUGGCGGUGGCGGCGGCUGGAAGAAUUACAACAAGAGCGGCGUAGGUGCGGGCCAGGCGCGGCGCCCGAAGCCUCCGCCUAAAGCGCAGCAGCUGCACUACUGCGAUGUCUGCCGCAUCUCUUGUGCCGGUCCUCAGACAUACAAGGAGCACCUGGAGGGGCAGAAGCACAAGAAGAAGGAGGCGGCCGUGAAGCUGGCGGCGGCGGGCGCCAGCGCGGCCAGCGGGCGCGCGGCGGGCGGCGGCAGCCUGCGCUGCGAGCUGUGCGACGUGACCUGCACGGGCGCCGACGCCUACGCGGCGCACGUGCGCGGCAUCAAGCACCAGAAGGUCGUCAAGCUGCACACCAUGCUGGGCAAGCCCAUCCCCUCCACGGAGCCCACCAAGCUCGGCGGCGCGAAAAAGACGGUGGCGGGGACACCCAAGAUCGCGUUCGUUGCAUCGGGGGGGCUGAGUACGGUGAACACCAACAAUACCCCUGCAGACAAGGCUGAGGGCGAGGACAAGGAAGACGACGUGGACCCCGAGCCCGAGGUGCAGCCCGUCGGCCAGGAUUACAUUGAAGAGAUCCGCGGCGAUGACGGCAAGGCGCUCUCCUUCAACUGUAAACUGUGUGACUGCAAGUUCAACGACCCCAACGCCAAGGAGAUGCACAUGAAGGGCCGCCGCCAUCGUCUCCAGUACAAGAAGAAGGUCCAACCGGACCUGGAAGUGAAGGUGAAGCCGUCGAUGCAUCAGCGCAAGAUCGCCGAGGCUAAAGCGCAGCGCAUGAUGGCGCGCGACGAGCUCUGGGCAAGGCGUCGCAUGCAUGACGGCAUGGAGGACGACGAGCGCGCGUACUGGGAGGGCGGCAUGGAGCCGUGGGGCUGGCGCGGCCCGCCGCCGCAUCACCACGCCAUGCACCACGGCAUGGGUAUGGGUAUGGGCUACGGGCCGGUGGGGCGGCGGCCGGAGACGUCGGACGACCGCCACGUGCUGGGCAAGCACGCCGAGGUGUACCCGCCCGACCACCAGCUGCAGGACAUACAGCGUGUCGUCUCGCACACUGAGAAGGCGCUCAAGUCGCUCUCCGACGCGCUGCAGGAACAGGGCAAGCCCAAGGGUCAAGCAGCGGCCAAGAAGGCAGACGACAAGAAGGAUGACAAGCCAGAAGGGAAAGAAGACGGCCGAGAUAAUCAAUUGUUCUCGUUCGUGUGCGAGGGCGAGGGCGGCGCGGCGGGCGCGGAGGCGGCGCGCGCGCUCAAGGGCGUGAUGCGCGUGGGGCUGCUGGCCAAGGGGCUGCUGCUGCGCGGCGACCGCGACGUGCGGCUCGUGGUGCUGUGCCACGACCGCCCCACCAUCACGCUGCUCAAGCGCGUGGCCGCGGACCUGCCGCACCACCUCGCCAAACUCAAGGGCCCCGGCGACGAAACCAAGUACAAGGUGGAGCUGCAGCCGGCCGAGGGCGCCGUGCAGGUGUCGGACGGCAACGUGAACGUGGUGGUCAGCCUCACGUCCGCCGUCAUGCGCGAGCCCGCAGAGGGCGGCGAGGUAAAGCGCGACGACAAGGACGUGCUCCCGCGGCAGAAGUGUUUGGACGCGUUGGCCGCGUUGCGGCACGCCAAGUGGUUCCAGGCUAGAGCCGCCAGCCUGCAGUCGUGCGUCAUCAUCAUCAGGAUUCUACGAGAUCUCUGCCGCCGCAUACCCAACUGGACGCCGCUCAACCCAUACGCGAUGGAGCUGCUGGUGUCGGGCGUGAUGCAGUCGGCGGGCGCGGCGCUGUCGCCGGGCGAGGCGCUGCGGCGCGUCAUGGAGGCCGUGGCGGGCGGCCUGCUGCUGGAGCACGGGCCCGGCCUGCGGGACCCCUGCGAGAAGGAGCUCGUCGAUGCACUGGGCAAUAUGCCGCCGCAGAAACGUGAAGACUUGACUGCUUCCGCUCAGCAGUUCCUGAGACAAAUUGCAUUUAGGCAAAUUCACAAGGUGCUGGAUAUGGAGCCUCUGCCGAAGGUGAAGCACGCGACGGGAGGGUGGAAGUUCCCACGCAAGCGCAGGCGCUCUAACACUGACGCUGAAGGCGAGACUCCUAAUGGUGAAGGAAAAGUAGUGAAGACAGAGGAAAAAACUGACGCAUCGGAGAAUAGCGUUUCGGGCGUGAAGAAGUAGUGUCUACUGCCGCCCGUGCCUCGCCGUAAUGCUCUCGUGUGGUCCGGUAUAGUGGUUAGUCAACCAAAGCCACUGCAGAUCAGACUGGGCUUGAACCCCACCAGUAACCAAACCCAUGAUAGUUCCGACACGGGUCCGUAUGCGCUCAAACGCCAAAGUCAGAAAACAAGAAGAAAGCAACCUCAUCGUGAGAUUAGAGAAAUUCAAAUAAACAAUAACUCAGAUAUUUUAUAGUGACUCGCAAUUCACAUUCAGACGUAACGUUGUGUAACAUAUAUUUACACUUUAUUUUUGGUCACAUGAAACUUGAGCAUUAUUUUGUGGAGAUCUGUCCAAAAACUACACAAAGUUAGCUGUCCCGAGAUAUUUGUAGUGUUUUAAAACUAAGUAGAAGUUUAGGCUCUAUAUUAUAUUGUAAUUUAGUAUUAGUCUAUUGGAGAUUGAGAGACAGGGAUAUAAUGGUACAUCCAAGAAAGUGCAAGUCUGUUUUACAGUCAUUGAAAGGUUGGAAUAUGUGGGUUAGUAUCAAGAUAAGAUUUCGGUUAUUAUUAUUAGGGUUACAGUAUUUUGACUUGAUUUAGUUCCUCGUGUUCCACCGGUGAACACUUUUAUUUUGCUGCUUCUGAGCAAUGUGUUUUUAAAUAUGAUUACCCUUUUUCUAGUUUUAUUAGCUUUGUAAGUUGUAUAGUUUCUUAUGUAUAUCUUAUAGAAAUGUGUACCGUCGCCUACAAUGUGUAGCGACGUAUAGUAAAUAAAUAUGAGAUCUGUCGUAAUCACGUUCUGUGGUACGAGUGACUACUGAAAUUAUAAUUGUUACAGGAGUCAGCUUAGCACAAUGCUAUGUUAAAUUAUGAGUGUGAUGUUAUAAUUAUUUAUUAGGAAUAAGGUUCCAUAAAUAUAUUAGAACCUCUUAGAUAGAAAUUAUAAAAGAAAAUUACAAGGUUACUUGGACUACGACUGUGAAAACUUAACAUUAUUUUGUUUCUUGAUCGAUGAAAAAUUUCAUUUGGUAUCUAUAGACCUGUACUUUGAAUAUUUAAUGUCAAUAAAAAAUGACAGUA